GGCCCGGGGGAGAGGAAAAGGGAGGCACAAAAACACAGGUCAGCAUCUUUACCGCUGCGGCGUCGGCCGCCGCGCCGGCGCCGCGGCCGCGGACGACGCCGUCUUCUUCGCGGCCGACGGGCCGUCCGAGACCUUGGCCUUCGUGCGGGCCGCGGGCCGCGGCGCUCUGGCGGUCUUCAGCUCGGCCUUCGUCUUGGCCAGCUCCUUCUUGAGGCGCGCGGCCUCGGCGCGCGCCGCCGCGAGCGACGACUCCAUAUCAACCGCCUUCGCCGCGGACGCCUCGGCGGCGGCGGCGCGCUGCUCCGCCGCCGCGAGCUUCGUUUUCAGCGUCGCGACGUCGCCCUCGAGCUUCGCCACGGCGGCGGCGUUCUCGGCCGCGACGCGCUCCGACUCGGCGAUGGAGUCGCGCAGCGUGGUCCGCAGCUCGCCCGUCGUCAGGCGCAUCUGGCGCAGCUGCUCCAGCAGGAUCCGCUCGUUGCUCUCAAAUUCCAGAGUGUCGCGCUCGAGCGAGCGCACCUUCUUUGCGAGGGCUGUGGUCCUCCUCCCAAAUGGCCAGAUGCCAUGCGCCGGUGCGGCUGCGAGCGCGCAAAGCACGACGGCGCGCACGCGAGCCAUGGCGCUUUCCGGGACGCGUCCUGUGCACCAGCUGGCAACAGAGGUCGCGUGGGGAGCUCGCAAAGCCAGCUCCAGUUGGAAGAGAGUUGA